CCGCACAUCAACCUCAACACCCAACCACCAACCCGACAACCACCUACACCAACUUCGUCGCAGCCACCAUGUCGGACGCUACUGUUGGCCAGACGAAGCAGUUUGGAAAGGGCCAGCGGACUGUGCCGCACCCGGCCCAGAAGGCCAUGAAGUGGUACCCCGUGGACGACGAGUCGCAGCCCAAGAAGGUUCGCAAGACUCUGCGUCCCACUAAGCUCCGCGAGAGCCUCCAGCCCGGUACUGUCCUGAUCCUCCUCGCUGGUCGUUUCCGUGGCAAGCGCGUCGUUCUCCUCAAGCACCUCGACCAGGGUGUUCUCCUCGUCACCGGCCCCUUCAAGGUCAACGGUGUCCCCAUCCGCCGCGUCAACUCCCGCUACGUGAUCGCCACCUCCAAGCGCCUUGACAUCUCCGGUGUCGACUCCAAGACUGUGGAGAAGAUCUCCGCUGCCGACUACUUCACCAAGGACAAGAAGGCCGAGAAGAAGUCUGAGGAGGCUUUCUUCAAGCAGGGCGAGAAGCCCCAGAAGAAGCAGGUUGCCAGCGCCCGUGCCACCGACCAGAAGGCCAUCGACCAGUCCAUUCUGGCCACCGUCAAGAAGGAGGAGUUCCUUAGCAGCUACCUCGCCACCACUUUCAGCCUCCGCAACGGCGACAAGCCCCACGAGAUGAAGUGGUAAAAAAGUGCGCUGCGGCGGCCGCGGGUUCGGUAGAUAGUUGGGGAGGACUCAUCUUUCAACGAGGGGCGGCUCGAUUGCACAUCGGCAUCCUUUCGCAGUGACGGAGGAGUGGUUUAUGAAUCAUGUAACUCAGUAUGGGAUCGGUUAAUUCGGACACUCGGCUGUUGUUUCUCCUUCAAAAAAAACACUCC